AAACCCUAGGACAGUCCCUUGAAAGAAAAAUAAAUAUUUCCAGGAUUCUGUGAUGAGUGUGGCCUCGGAGAGACAAUUUGAGUCUAAAAGCUCUAUUGAUUGUUUCAGCCCUGGUCUGUGCAGUACAAUGAUGAGGAAGGAAGACGUUGAACCAAUAGAUCCUAUAGAACUAGAACCUGAUGUGUUUACAGGACAUCCUGAACCUGUAAUCCAUGCACCAACACUUAUUCCAAGUAUUCAGAGUAAGAUUGAUGCAUAUAGACGUGUUCUUGAUAAAGUAAAUAUGAAGAAUAGAACUGAAAUAUUAAUGUUUAGAGUAAGAUUGAUGCAUAUAGACGUGUCCUUGAUAAAGUAAAUUUGAAGAAUAGAA